UAGGCCUAGAAGGAAGCCAAGAUUAAAUUUUACAGAGGAAAAUCAUGGGCAGCUUAACAGAAGAAGAACUUAUGCAAAUGGUGAGAGAUUUCCAUGAAUCAGACUCAUCAGCUCCACCACCCAACUCAUUAUCAUCUUCACAGCCCCUCUCUCCUCCUCACCAAUCCAAAUAUCUCACUUUACAGGAGAUAAUAUGGAGGGCAACAGAUUGUGAGAUUGAGAUUCUUGAGAAAGUGUUGAUGUAUUUGAGGAACACUGAGACUUUGAUGGAACCCAACAAUCUGAAAAACAAAUGGGUUGUGAUGAAACUGAAAAAGGAUGGUUAUGAAGCCUCCCUUUGCAAAACUUCAUGGGUUUCUUCUUUUAGGCUCUCUGAAGUUUGUCAAAUUACAGGUGAUUAUGAAUAUGUUGAUGUAAUGAUGAAGGACAAGAACAAUGUCAAAGUGACAAGGCUUAUAGUGGACAUGGAUUUCAGGUCUCAAUUUGAACUGGCAAGACCUACACAAAACUACAAGCAGCUCAAAGACACUCUGCCCACCAUCUUUGUUGGGACAGAAGAAAAGCUUGACAAAAUUAUAUCUCUGCUUUGCCCAGCUGCAAAACAAUCUCUCAAGGAGAAUGGCCUCCGUGUUCCUCCUUGGAGAAAAGCCAAGUACAUGCAAUCCAAGUGGCUUUCCAAAGAUUGCAAGAAAGUCUCAAUCAAUAUGGAAACGGGAAUUAUGGAUCAUAAGAGUGAACCCCAAUUUACAACUACUCAUUGAUCCCAGCAAAAUUAGUACUAAUUGGGCAUGCCAUUUUGAAGCUGCAGGGAAGAGUACAGAUCAAUGUUGUGAUCUUGGAUCUUGGACACCAAUUUUAAUUUUCCUUUAAUUUUGAUCCCCUCUCAAUUUUCUUUAAUUUCAGGUCAAUUUUGUUGGGGCAGACGUCAAGGUUUUGUAUGUUUCCAGAGCUAUUUCCUAGGUGUCUCAGAGCCAGACAUUUUUGUACUGGUUUUUUUCCACUAGUAUUCUGCUCAUGAGGGCCUCAGUUGCUGACUGAAAUUAACUUGCUCAUCAAGUCUUGAGACUGUUUUGAAGCAGAAGGAAUUAAUGGAGAAACGCAUGCCAACAUUUUGGUUUGGCCUCCUUGUUUUUUUAUUUUAUUUAUAAUAAUUUUGCUUUUUCCAAUGAAAAAU